UUGAACUUUUUCUUGAUGCCAUAAAUAAUUGAACUUUGAAACAAAAAGAAAAAUCAUUUUCAAAUAGAAUCUCCUGUUUUAUUUAUGCAUCGUCGAGGCUGGCCGACAUAAAGUAAGGGGCUCUAUCGUAAUUUCCAAUAAAUUAGGGAUACUUUUUCUAAUUAUUCUACUUUUAUUUUCAGCCCCUCUUACAAUUUAUCCUUUUGCUAACACACCCUUCUUCUCUCCACGUUAAAUGGAGUUAGUUCAGUUUCUGGUUCUACAGUAUAUGCAAACAAAGCCUCCACCAAUGUCGCUGCUGCUGCCGCCGCCGAAACCUCACCGGAGCUCCGGUAACUCCCCUGGCGACAGCAUUCCAGACUGGAUCUCCGAAUCAAUCAACGGCGGCUCCCUCCGCCGCGUCGACCUCAACUCCGGCACCAACGGCUGGGCGUCGCCGCCAGGCUCCGUGUUCUCCCUCCGCUCCGAAAGUUACUUUCAGAACCGCCAAAAAUCUCCCGCCGGCGACUACCUCCUCUCGCCGGCGGGCAUGGACUGGCUCAAAUCCGCCGCGAAACUCGACCACGUGCUCUCACGCGCGGACAACCGCGUGAUGCACGCGCUGCGAAGAUGUCAAACCCUAGGUCGCUCCCUAAAGAGCUUCGUCUUCGCGGUGAAUCUCCAGAUCCCGGGCGCGAAGGAGCACCACAGCGCGGUGUUCUACUUCGCGACCGAGGAACCGGAUCCGGUCCGAACCGGUUCACUCUUAAACCGGUUCGUGCACGGCGACGACGCGUUUCGGAACCAGCGGUUCAAGCUGGUGAACCGGAUCGCGAAGGGGCCGUGGAUCGUGAAGAAGGCCGUGGGGAGCCACAGCGCGUGCUUGUUAGGGAAAGCGUUGAAUUGCGCUUACUACAAAGGUUCGAAUUACCUCGAAAUUGACGUCGAUAUCGGAAGCAGCGCGAUCGCGAACGCGAUUCUGCACCUCGCGUUGGGGUGCGUGACGACGGUGACGAUCGAUAUGGGGUUUGUGGUGGAGGCACAGGCGGAGGAUGAGUUGCCGGAGCGGUUGAUCGGUGCGAUUAGGGUUUGCCAGAUGGAGAUGGCGUCGGCCACGGUGGUUGAGGCGUUGCACGUGCCGCGCGGGGUUGGGUGGGCCAAGGUGAAUCAUCAUAAGUCUGCGGAUGAGCUUGCUUUGGAUGAUUAGAUAUUUGUUUAGUGAUAGUAGUACGAAGUUUAUGAUUUUUUUUAUAUUUUAAUUAUUCUUCAAUGGAUUUUAAUUUCUUGUUUAUUGGAUAUAGUAGAAAUAUAAAAUUUCUUACA